GUGAAAUGUCGUCAGUUGUCUGGCAUUUGCCUGAUGUUGUUUGUUAAACGCAGCUACCUCCCAUAUGUUUAUAAUAUUGAAUCUGAAGUGACCAAAACCGGGUUUAAAGGCAUGUGGGGAAACAAGGGGGCAUCGAGUGUCAGGCUGGACUUCAUGGGCAUGAACUUGAUAGUGGUCAACAGUCACCUGGCAGCACACAAGGAGAGUAUCAAGGAACGCAUUGAGAAUAUUGACAAUAUACUGGAUGGACAGAAGUUCCGAGACCGUGACACGGACAACAUCAUGGACCAUGAUUAUGUGUUUUGGAUUGGGGAUUUGAAUUUCCGUGUGGAGAACAUGUCGUACAAUAGAACCUUGGAUCUUAUACGUGACGAGGAUUACAAAACUUUAGCAGAGAAUGACCAGCUUCGUCUCAUUAUGGAGGAGGGCUUGGCAUUUGUGGGUUUUCAUGAAGGAGAGCUCACAUUUCCACCAACGUACAAGUUUGAUGCAGGAACAGAUGAUUACGAUACCAGCUCACAGAAGAGAAUUCCCUCCUACACGGACCGCAUCCUCUACCACUACCACGACACACAGUACGGCCAGGUCAAGUUGAACGCCAAGGUUGUGAACUACCGCUGUCACCACAACUUCCGCAACAGUGACCACAAGCCUGUCACUGCGGCUAUAGACAUUAAUGUUUUGUCUCGAGGAAUCACCAGCCCAGUGACCUUUGAUGUUGGUGUACAGCCCUGGAACAAGUUUGAGUCCAGAGAUGUGGCCUACAAUGUCAGGAGGGAUUUUGAUGUGUCUAUAUCAGACUGGAUCGGCAUAUACAAGGCUGACUUUGUAGAUUUACAUUCCCCUAUAUCAUACGUUUGGACAGUUCUAAACUCGGCAGCAAAUCGAACAUCACCAAGCGCUAUCAGAAUGGUAGUCCAGUUCACCCCUGUGCACCUCAGCGGACUGCCCGACGGGAAGUAUGUCCUCUGUUACUUGACCAGAAAAGGCUCGUUGAGUGGGAUCAGUAGAGCUUUCAACAUUGGA